AAGCCGAAACUUCAGUUUAGUUUACUAACGGUCCUCGAGUCGCAUCCUCCGUCGCGACCGAUAUACGCGGCCGUUAAAACUCAGGGAGAAGAAAGGGAGGAAGAAAAAAUAAAGGAAACGAAGCUCACACGAGGGAUCAAAGGGAUGACGUGAGGCGACUGCGGCGACAGAAGGAAAAUCGCGACAGAAAGGAACGAUUUUUCCGACUAUUUGUUUCUACUGCGAAGAUAUUUCACGGAGCGAAGAGGAAGAAAAAUUGAAGCACGCGCACAGUACUUUAAUAUGAGUAUAUAAGAGAUUCGUCGAGGGAGGCUGCAAACAGACACGCCGCUUAAGAGUCUAGAGAUCAUUCAGGAAGAACGAGACGGCGAAGGAGACGCGAAGAUGAGAUACAAGGUAAACGACCCAGAGGACAAUGAGAGAGAUGCGGGGGAGAACGGAGGAAUUUCCAAAGGAAAUUCUGAUGUUUCGUGGAAUUAUAAUCAAAAAGAUGAAAAGAAAUCGAGCAGCAAGGAAAUGAGGCUUGUGAUCGUUGUUGGACUGUUAGCAGUGACUGUCAUCGCUCUCAUUGUAGCACUGACGUUGCAAAUAGCGGUCUUCCGCAAAGAAGAGUACAAGGAGAUGUGUCAGAGCGAGGAAUGUAUCAAGACAGCGGCGCGAGUAAUAGGCGCGAUGAACAAAUCCGUGGAUCCUUGCAAGGAUUUCUACAAUUUCGCAUGUGGCGGUUGGAUCAACAAGCAUCCGAUUCCUCAAAGUCAGAGCUUUUGGGAUCAGCUAAGUUUGCUUAGGGAGGAACUUUUAGAGAAUUUAAGAAUUUUACUAGAAGAACCGGAUAAGGAGACCGAUCUUAGGCCAGUCAAAUUAGCGAGAGCUCUUUAUAAAACCUGUAUGGAUAUCGCGAGUGUCGAGGCCUUAGGAUUACAACCCAUUUCUCAGGUACUCGAUAAAUUAGGCUUGCCAAAGGAUCCGCCGAUGCAGGGUAAUAUACCUUCUCUCGAUAUAUCGAGAUUAACAGGGAUAGCACAGAGAGCGUUGGGCUUAAAUCUCUUUAUUAAUUUUUACAUCAGUGAGGACAUUAAGGACACUACAAGAAAUCGAAUGAUGAUAGAGCAAGCAUCUCCUGGAUUUAGCGAGCGUUAUCUAUUAGAUCCACGACGAUUUCAAUUAGAAUUGAUGGAGUAUAGAAAGUACAUAAAAUCCAUGGUCGAGCUCGCAGGGGCUGGGAACAUGAGCGCGAAUUAUGCCAAUGAGAUCAUAGAGUUCGGCACGAAACUCGCCAAAAUCAUGGCGACACCCGAGGAGCGACGCAGCGCGGAUCAUCUUCUUCACGACGUGACGAUCAAUGAGCUGCAACAACUUACGGAUAUGCACGCGGUGCAGUGGAAUUGGACGAUAUAUCUGGAAUCUGUAUUCGAGAACACAAAUGUCACCAUAAAUCCGACCGUAGAUCGAGUUAUCUUAAUAGACCUGCAGUAUUUGCAGAAAUUACCAGUGCUGCUGUCCAACACGCAACCCGCCACGAUAGUCCGAUACAUCUGGUGGAGCGUGUACUCGACGGUUGCUCCCUUGACGCUGCAAAAAUUUCGGGACCUCGGCUUCCAGUUCUCGCAGAAGGUCUUCGGACUGAAGGAGAAGACGCCUCGCUGGAAGGGAUGCACUGGAAACGCCAAUGCGAACUUCGGCAUGGCACUUAGUUAUAUUUACGCGCAGAAAUACUUCAACGAGCAAGCGCGAGAAAAGGCAUUGGAGAUGUUAUCGGAUAUCAGAGCAGCAUUCGAUGAAAUGGUUACGGAACUUGAUUGGAUGGAUACCGGCACGAGAUCUCGAGCCCAUAGAAAGUUACACGCGAUGAGACCGUUUGUGGGAUUUCCCGAUUGGAUUACGGAUCCCAAAGAGUUGGACAAGUUUUACGAGGGAGUGGAGAUAAUCGAUGGAAAAUUAUUCGAAACUUUUUUAAAACUGACCGAUGUGGCGAUGAAAAAGAGUUUCAAUAAUUUGCGCGAAAAGCCUGACAGAAGCAGGUGGAUAUCAACGGGCACGACGGUAAACGCGUUUUAUAGCGCCAUAUUAAAUUCAGUUACUUUUCCAGCUGGUAUUUUACAUCCUCCAUUUUAUGGCAAUGGACUGGAAUCCAUCAAUUAUGGCGCUAUGGGAGCCAUCAUGGGCCACGAGCUUACGCAUGGUUUCGAUGAUCAAGGUCGCAGGUACGAUGAGAACGGCAAUCUUCGUCAAUGGUGGAGCGACGAGACGUUACGACACUAUCACGACAAAGUGCAGUGUAUGAUCGAGCAGUAUAGUAGUUAUUAUUUGCCGGAGUUGGGCGAUAAUUUCACAGUGAACGGCAUCAAUACUCAGGGCGAAAAUAUCGCUGACAACGGUGGCAUUAGGGAAGCUUACAGAGCAUAUCAAAGGCUGAUUGCGCGUAAUCCGUAUCAGCAAGCUCUGCCAGGUCUUGUCGAUUACAGCAACGAACAGCUGUUCUUCUUGGGUUUCGCUCAGGUCUGGUGUGGCAAUUACACAAACGGAGCGUUAAAGUCCAAGGUGAUAGAGGGUGUCCAUGCGCCGAAUCAUUUUCGUGUUAUCGGCACGUUAUCGAACAACGCGGAAUUCGCAAGAGCGUGGAGAUGCCCGCUCGGCAGUCCAAUGAAUCCAGCGCACAAGUGUAUCCUGUGGUAGAUAUUCUAUUCGUGUUAUUUUCGAAUGGUACAAAAUAACGCAAUGAUGCCAGAAACUGUUAUUUCAUUCAAGCUGAAUAUACAUCGUGAAAGAAGAACAGUUGUUGGUGCAGUGAUAAUUUUAAGAAAUUGUAAAUAGACUGAUUUACAAUUAUAGGAACUAGCGAGUAAUUUAUUAUAUACUCUUAGGCGCUAUUCUUAGCCUUAAGCUUAUCAUGUAAAUAUCACACGGUAGAGAAUAAUAACUUUUAUAAAGAGA